AUGAGGAAAACUAAGCUGUACGUUGGAUUUUUGAUCACUUUCGUGGUUUGUUACAUUUUCAAAGCAGUUUCUUGUGUUGUUUAUCGUGAACUGUCGUUCCAAGUGUGGGUGCCGUUUGUGAACAACAACGAGAAACUUUCAACGCGCGUUUUCACUGUUAUUGGUUUCUACCAAAUUUUAGCAGCGAUUUGCCUUUUUAUAGUCAACGGAAUCCUCUCGCCAUUUGUAAUCGUUUUAACCAGUGCCGUAGUCGAAGAAAUACACUACAUCAUAGAAAGAUUAGAUCGCGUAGUUUAUAGGUCCAAGGAAACUAAACCCACGAGUUCCCCUGGAACGCAACUAUCAGAUGUAGGACGAAUAUCAUUAGAGAGGAAAUAUCGAAACAGUGUUGAAACAGACACGUCGUCCACUUGCACUACAGAAGAGCAAAGCAGAUCUUUUAUUCGCAACAUUGUGUCGCACCAUUUGAUUGUCAAGUCGUUGAUACAGAAUGUAACCAAGAUCCACAAGUAUGUGUUUUUGACACAGUUUGUAUUUACAAUCAGCCAUUCAUGUUUCUUAGCGUUCAACGUUUAUUACACGAAGAACCACACCAAGAUUCUGGUCAAGUACAGUCCCUACCUGCUGCUCUCAUAUUACUUGCUGUACAUUUUCUGUCACAACGGCCAACGACUCAGUGAUGCUUGUGAACGUUUAUUCUACGCCUUCUGCUGGUGUCCAUGGUACGAUUUCCCACUCAGUUAUCGCAAGUCACUGUUGAUUGCCAUGAGUGCUAACCUACAACCCACCGCGUUGACUGGUGGUGGACUGUUCAAAGCAACACUUGCUACAUUUGUGCAUGGUCUACAGCAAUCCGUGUCUUAUACUCUUCUCUUGAACCAAGUGGCUCCAGAAAAUAGCUCACUGUAA